AUGGAUCGAGAUCUGGCAAGUGAGGUUCGUCGAUUUGUUCGCGAAUGUCAGAAUAGGCUGGCAAAUGCCUCUAGCUCGAGCGAAGUGAUUGAAACAUUAAAUGACAUGGUGGAACUAUUUCUGCGAGGAUCUCUGCUCCCCUCUCAAGUUUCACUCGAAAAUCGUCCUGUUCUGAAGGGUGAAUUUGUAAGCAAUCACUUUGUGAGGUUCACUGAAUUUAUUAUAUCUUCGCCAGUAAUUGGAUUCUAUAGUAACUUCAAUGAGCAGCAGAGAACAAAUUUUUUUGAAGUGUUUUUCCUUCGUGGUCCAUCACACGAUUGUCUUCUUGUUCUGGGAGACGCACUCUCCAAACCGGCGACCAAUUUGAAAAAUGCUAAGGUGAUAGUAUCCUUGCUAGAGAAGUUCUUUGCUGAAGAAAGAUUGGUUGAUGUGCUUGUGGAACAAUGUCGUUUAUCCACGCGUUCCCAAAAUGGCUCACGUAAAUCCAGUUCAGCAGGGCUUGAAGGCAAACUUUGGGGACAGCUCGUGACUUUGAUAGUUUCUCUCCCUCAGAGAGUGGCAAACAAACUAAGAUUUAAGUGUAGUUCACAGUUCUACCCGGCGUCUUAUUUCAACCUUGUUUCAUGUCAAAUUCUCAAAGCAUUGGAGAAGUUACAUGACAACCUAACAAUGUCACAGGAUUGCUCCUUCAAGUUCCUUGGUGAAUUGAUUGGUCGGAUUUGCCUGGCUGGGCAAGCAGAGAGAAUGUUUACUAUACUUUUACCAGCAUUAGAAAAUUGGCUGAAGAAGAGUCCACUUUGGAAUAGGAUCUGUGCACGACUUAUUACAGGGAUACCAGACAGUAGCAUGGAACAUGUUAGCGAAGGCCUGCUAAAGAUAGCAGAUGACCCCUCCCUAAUUUCUAAGCUUUUUGGGGAUUCAGUGCUCACCAACUCUAAACUCAAGUAUUUGCUGACAUCCAAGUUUCUACUGAUGAGAAGCUAUUCCAAUAUGAAUGUUCUUUACAACAUCAUAGGAUAUUUAUCUGGGUGUAAGCACAGGCAUUUGCUGGUGGAAGUGUUACACACUCUUUUUGACAUCUGGGGCGAUAGAAGUGCAAUUAAGCACACAACAUAUGACCAGCAUUUUUAUGUCACGUGUGCAGUAGUUCUCUCAUUUGGUCAUUUGAACAUUGAAGAAAGGAAAUCUGAAAAACAUGAACUGCUUAACAAGUUGUUAGUUGGUGUGCAGAGUCAUUUAGAGAGCCCUUUGGAAAAAGUGCAACAUCUUGGCAUGGUGGUUGCGGAAUGUGUUACAUCUUCCCUUGAACCUAAUGGAGAGAAACUUGCCUUUGGAUAUGUGGAAGAUGAUGAUACUAAACUAUUGAAAUCACUGUCUAAAGGUCCACAGGAGAGGAUGGAUUUGAGAAAUGCAGGAAAGAGAAAUGAGCUUAAUGUUGAAAGCAAAGGCAAUGAUAAACUGACAACUGAAGAGAGUUCCUCUGCAAAAGUCUCUACUGAGAAAAACUCUCCUCAGAGUUGUGAAGAUGAUGAUGAUUUGGUGCCGUAUGAUCUCAGAGAAGAAGAUGACAGGGAUUUGAAAUCUGAGGCUCCAAAGUAUUUGCGAGAUUGUAUCGAAGGCCUUUUAGCAUCAGAAGACCCAUCAAAAACAGAAGAAUCAUUGAAAAAUGUGGAGAAACUUGUUUGUGCUGAAAUGGAUGACCUGGAGGAUGUCUGUGAAGAAUUAGUGAAAGUUCUACUUCAUCUUCAGGACCGAUAUUCCACUGAUAUGUUUGGUGAACUACGUCACAGUGCAAUAGUUGCUGUGCUUAUUAGGUGUCCUGAACAGAUUGCUUGUUACUUGACUGAGGAAUUUUUUGCUCCAAAUUACAAUUUACAGCAGAGGAUGGACAUGUUAAGUGUUCUUGCUGAUGCAGCACAGAGGCUUUCAACACCAGUGGAAAUAAUGAAAACAAAAGAAGUACCAAGAAGGUUUCCACUCCCACAAGCAGAAUCUUAUAAAUCUUUGCAAGCCAUACCUGAGUGGCAGAAGAUUGUACAGGAGAGAAUUGAUGGUAAAACAAAGAGAUUUACCAAGGGGCCAUCACACCCUCAACCCAAACCUGUUGCUAACAAGUUUGCUAGUGUGGCUGGAUAUUUCUUUUUUCCAUUUAUGAAGAACUUUGACAGCAAAGUGAACACAUUGGAUCUUUUGGGUGAAGACACACUUGUCCUUGGCAGGCUUGUGUACACUCUUGGAAUAAUCAUGUACUCUGCUAGAGAAACUCCUAUAGCCAGGAAUAUGGGCAAGGCCCUCUUGGAGUUCACUUGGGCUCUGAAGUAUCACUCAGAAUCAUUUGUGCGUCAGGCACUGAUCUUUGCACAGGCCAUGGUUGCAGUUUCUGUUCCUUCUGCUACUCUUUUGAAUGAUGCUCCUGGGGAACUCUCUGAGCUUUAUGACUGGCUGAAGACAACAGUCCAAAAUGAUACUGAUGCAGACAGUGUGAAGGCAGCUUUUCAGACACUUGUUUUGUUAGAAGAUGUUUUUAAGAGUCAAGUUGUUGUGCAUGGUUGAUCAUUGCUGCUUGUCUAAACUUUUCUUGCUAAGGCUUUUUCAACACUUUUGCUGACCUAAUUGCACUAUUGUGCCCUUUUGUCAUUGUAAGCAAUGACUUUGCCAGGCACUUCCUAGUUCUGGAUGGGUUAUUUUAUACUCUGUUCUAUUAUAACCUAUAGGUGUAAACUUUAAUUUCCAUAACAUAUCACUAUUGUUGUGGAUAGUAAAAUGUAACAUCUACUUUUUUUGACAAGAAUUUCAUAAUUAGAAUUUCUUAUUGCGUUGUACUGUUUCAUUAGAAAUGUAAUUGAUAUUAAAGGAUCAAGGCUGCUUCAACUUGAGAAGAGGAAGACUUUAAUUUACUUCCUUGUUAUGGAGUGCCAUCCAUUACAGGUUACCUAAGUACUUAAUUGGGUUUAAGUUUACUGUUUUUUGGUAAAUCCAAGCUUAAACCAAGGUGAUCUUGCUUUGGGGGCUGUCUCUCUCAGUCUUAAACCCAUUGCUAAAACUUAUAAUUGCCAAGUCCAAAGUAACUAAAAAAGUUUAAUUUUUACAUUACUUGUAUUUUGAUUUUACCUUCCACAUCUUUUAAUAUUUCCUGGCUUUCAAUUUUAAAUCAGUUGUUGUUACAAUUUUGAUUUAAUUUACAGCAGAUAACAAAUAAUGAUAAAAUCAUCCUGGCAAUAUCAGAAUGAAAAAGCCCUGUGUCUUAGACCCAAACAUUUUGUUAGUGGGCAUUCACUUUCAUCCUAGACUCGCUGGAACUAUUUAUGAUUGAACCUUCCCGCUGAAUAAAUAAUUUUUACCAAUCCUCAAUUGGAGCACAUUUUUAGGUCUCCAUCUGGUUAAGCAUCACUUCAGGAGCUCAGUCCAAAUAAAUAGUUUGCAUCUAGGGACUUGUUUUGUUGACCACUGCCUCUUUAUUAGGCUUAUUUACUCCAGAUUUUCAAUAAAAUUAUUGUAUUGAAAAUGUUUUCAUUUGUUGAUCUCAUUGUCUUAAAUCCAACCCUUUAACCCCUUAGAGUGACUAGUUUCUCCCCACAGUAUCACCCCUGGAUUAAAGAUGAAGGUUCAUGAAAAUAGACAAAUAAUUGCUGACUACAACAGCUCCUGAUUAGUGAACAAAUUCUCCUUGUAAGCAUCUCAAGAAAUGUAUGGUGAAUAGUAUGGAGAAAAUGCAUACUGAUACUAGGGUGUAGAAGGUUAAUACAAUUAAUAGUAGGCUAUGGCUUGAAAUUUUUUUUUUCAUGAUCCUGUUUCCAAAAAUAGAGGAGCUGCAGAUGGUAUUGGAUAGUAUCUUCUUGCAAUGUAACCUAUGGUAGGAAAAUAACUAAGGGAAAAAAAAUGGCAUUUUGCUUCCUGAUCUUUCUAACAAACCUUCUUACAAGAAAUGGCCUUGAUAGAGCAGAGUUUUUUUGGAUUUGAAUACUGUUCUAGCUUUUUGUGUCAUUCAAUAAUGAAGUGACAUUCCUUGCUUUUUAUAAUAACACAUUGGAAAGCAGUUUAGGAGACUAAAGGCCUUCUUAAGGGAAGAUUUCACAUAAGGUUGAAAUGGAGAUGAGAUAAUGGUUAGGUUUAUAAUGCUUUUUGUCACCUCUUUGUUGUCAAAAAAUUAACAUGAAAGUCGCAGCAUUCAUCCCUAAUGAGUCACCAUUGGACCCCCAUUCAAAACAAAUGACUCUCUGCCACACCUUCCCAACUAGAAGUCUCAGCGCAUGCGUGAAGCCCAAUCCAAAAUGGCGUCCAAAGGAAAGGGUGGAUGGAUAUGGUCGCCUACAUGACAUUCCAUCUCAAGAAAUGUCCCGUCUUGCUGAUUAUUUUGCCGUUGCUGGAAUAGACAGGGACUCAAAGAAUGGUUAGAACUAUAUGGGUUCCCCUCAGCAGCGUGUCUCGCUGCUAGGAUAUCUGUGCAAACAUCGCACACCUCUGGAAAUUUUCGAGUUUCCUUCUCAACAUAAAUUGUAACGUUUGAUUUUUGUUGUCGAUUUGCAGGAGAAGUUAAAGGAAAAGUAAUACAACGCUUCCCGAGUAAAGACCGUAAAGAUGCAACGUUUCCAGAAGGACUCGAAUUGGUAGGUUUGUCGUUAUUGAAAGCCGGCAAGUGCAGGGUUUUAAAUUCGUGCGUGAUCCUUUUGCUGAUUCUCUUGUGAUCAUUUUCUAUCGUGGAUAUACAUUGAACAUACGGGCAAGUUUUGUAAACCUCGAGUAUUGUUUUUGUGCCUCUCUUUUACAACUUUAAUAUCGGUUUCUCCCAGAAUUAAAUCAAGGCCGGAGAAGAAAUUUUUCUCAGGAGGAGAACGAUAAACUUAGCUUUCCUGAGGUCUUUAAUUCCUGAUCACGUAAAUGCUUAAUGGUAUAACGGGGUAGGAAUCCAUAGCUGGCACUCUCUAUAGCUUAUUCAAUUAGUUCAGAAAGGAUUUUUGGCUUUUGAUUUCGUUCGUAGAGCAGCCUUUGGUAUUAAGUAUGGCUUCUCUAAGGAGGGAAACCUUUAUACACUCUCAGCACCGAAGCUCAUCAUUGUUUAAACUCGCUCUAGACAUGAUUGAAUCUCAUUUUAGCGUGUUUGCUGUCGUUAUUGUAGUUUAGUCUCAGUGUGAUGCCACAGAAUUCGUUUAGUUAUAGCCUAAAAUAUACUUCUUUUCAUACACUCCAUAGUACUUAAUAUUAACAACUAAUAUACGUAAAGGUCUUCGCCGUUUGUCCUCUCUAUUUUAAACCAUUGAAGAUUCACUUAAACUUCGUACUCCUGUUGAGGAUAUUUUUCGAUGUGUGGCGUCCAGGCUCAAUAUUUGCUCUGUUUGUUUGCAUUUUAUUAAUCCCCUUGUAGCUUGUUAGGUGUGUUUUAAUCUCACCUUUCAAAGAUGCGGGAAAAUCCUUUACUCAUUCUUGAAAUUUUUCUUUGUAUGUUGAUACUCGAUAUAAACAAGCUUGUUGAUUUCGCCAUCGAUUCACUGAACGUUCGAGUGCCGAUGAAAUUCACCAGGCAGCAGUUUUUAUGAUACAAAUUAUAUGAAUAUUCAGGACUAGGUUUCAUAAUGUGGUUUUGCUCUAUAAAGUAUUACAAAAAAGGGUGUUUUCUCUUUUUCUGUGAUGUGUUUUUAGGUGUCUUACUUCCUGGUUGUCUCUGUUAAUGGUGAUGAAAUAUCAUAUUUUCUCCUGAAAUGUGAUAUGCUCUAACUUUAUAGAUAGAUACUACUAAUCUUUGUCCUGUUGUUUAAUAUAAAUUACGCACUUGGCUAAAUUCAUAUAAUUUUUCCAACUUGAAAUAUCUACUUUUGAUACACAUGUUUACCACAAAGUGAAUGGUGCUUUGUGGUCGCUGAUUGGCUAGUUUGGAAGUGAGUAGCAUGUACUGUUCGCCUUUGAGCAGCUGAUGACUCAAAAUCAUGUUUAAAGAGUUUAAUUUGCAACUGUUUUUUGUUAUAUUGAAAGAACUAAACUAAUUUUUUGGUAUCUGUGUGGUAUAGACUAAAACAACCACUCACCUCAUUGAGGGUGGAAGUGGUGGAUAUUUGCUCAGCUGCAAAGCAAAUAAUUGUAAAGAUUUGUUUUGUUUCAUUGAAAAAAAUUGAAGGAGAAAUGUUGACAUAAACAGGGGUCAUUGAGUGAUAACUGUCCCUUGAUUAUACCACGUGAAGUAAAGUAGCAAAUGGAGUUGCAUGAAAAUUAAUGGUGGGUUACAUUGUAUCAUAAUUGAUUUCUGAGGCAAACUAAAAAUGUUAUUACUAUGCCUUAGAACAAAAUUACUUCAGACAAGAGAAACCAAUUUGUGUCUUUUUUUUGUGGUCAAAAACAAGAGGUGUCACACAGUUAAUUCUCAAUUUUGAAUGAUAUUUUCUGUAGUUUUGUCAACCUGGAGGAUGGAACUACUCAAAUUACUACAAACCACCAACUUUCUUUGUUGCUGUUCUCACUGAUAUGGAAGGAGAUCAUCGAUAUUGUGCCUGCUUCACAUUCUAUGAAAAGUGCAGUCCAGCCAAAUCCAAACAUAGAGCAGUAAAGUCCCCCAACAGGGAAGUUCAUAAGGAUGGCAGUCAAUCAGAUUCUUCAUUAUCUGAUAAGAGAUUUUCGGAUGGUGUGCCUGGAAUAACAGUCAAUUCAGAAGAUUCUUCAAUGACAGAGAUGUUUGCACCAAAGUGCUUGUGUCUUGUGUCAAGAGCAAGCUACUUUGACAUCUUAAAGGUUAGAGCCUGUCUCAUGUUGGUGAAAAAGAGCUAAAAACACCCCUCCUUCAUUAAUAAUGGAAGUCAGUAGUGUCAUCAUUUGAAAAUGCUAUCAAGAAAAGUAGUUUUUUCCUGUUCCUGGGAGUUCUAGGAAACUGCAUACAUUUAGAUCUCAUACAGGAAGUACUUCUGUAGUCUUGAAAAUGUUUUAAGUGUCUAGGUCACUUCUCCCUGUCAUUUGCACAGAGUAAACUCAUUGUUCUCAUUCAUACUGAUCCAGUGGUAAAAAAAAGUACAAGCUAUGAAAUAGGAUGACUAUCAAUACAAAAAAAAAAAACAACAACAGAACAGCUACAGAUAAAAAUUGAUCAAUAUUUGAUUAGUGUGGUUUUCAGUUGUAGAUGCCUCAAGUAAAAAUACAGACAACUCUCUGGGUUCGAAAAGCACUCAAUUUAGAAAUGUAGCUUUGUGUUAUUUUAGAUGUUACUGUCAAUAACCAUUUUGUUUAAUUGAAUUUUAAUUAUUGAUAUGAUAUAUAUUGUCUAAUUAUUUCAGAGCUGCCUAAUAACCAUCUAUUGGUCAUUUCUGUCUGAAAAUGGUAAAUCCUUAGAGGGACUAGUUGGCUGUGUCCUUGGAUUUGUUCAGGUUCCACCCCCUGGGGGUCCAAAGAUGACCUUUUCCAUGGGUGCAGGUGAUCGGCAAACCCUCUCCCCUCCUGCAUCUGAAACUCUUCCAGUAACAGGAAAAUCACUCUCUAUCUUGUUCAAUCAGCUUGGUAAGUGUUGAAUUGUCAUGAGAAGACAUGGAAGGAGCUAUGUCCCUUUUACUUCAUGAUAUAAUGUCAGUCACACUGUGAGGAUUUGAUGUGGAUUUGAAUUAAUUUAUGCAUUAAAACUUGAAUUAAAUGUGUCGUCACCUGCCUCUUUUACUAGGUUUGCUUCUAUGCCUAAAGUUGUGCUGUAGUCUUUUGUUCAAAUAUCUACAUCUACAUUUAUUGAGUUGAUAAAAUCUUGUUAGAUAUCACAUCAACUAUCUUGGAGGUGCUACAAGGGCCAAAAUUUUUGUCUGAGUACAUGUAGUUACCAACAUAAUUCAAAAUGGCGUCUGUUGUCAGGCUGUAGGCUUCAAUGAUCUAGCUGGUUUUUUCCUUGAUGCACUUCACCCUUGAUCAAAAUACACCCUUGUAGAACUCCAAAAAAAAAGAGGAAAUGUGUGGAAGAAUACUCAACUGGAAAGGAGAUGGCUUCAAAGUCUUAAAUGGAAAUGAGAACACUCACUCAUGCAUUUCAAGAAAGGAUAUCACAACUCAUUAAGAAAACAUGCACUCUCCCAUACUGCAAAGGCUGUAUUUUGGCCUCUCACUCAAGACAGCCUUAUUGUUAGUUAGUGAUACAGUGCAUAAUAAACGUAUUUUGAAUCUGUUGACAGGAAUCCACAACAUGCUGUCCCUCUUUUGUGCUGCAUUGACGGAAAACAAAAUCUUAUUUUAUUCAAGCAGCUACGCGCAGUUAACUAAUGCUACCCAGGCCAUGCUGGCUUUAAUGUAUCCUCUCAAGUUCAGGUUAGUCAGAAAUGAGGCCCUUCUGAGAGAGUGCUUUACAAGAAACAAUUUUGAGAUAGUUAUGGUUUAGAUGGCAUAGUGGAGGGGUAUCCAAUAGAAUUUGGUGUGUUGUCAUUUGGAGGGCACAAAACAUAAUUGAUUUCAGGGAAACCUCCUAGACUAUAGAAGAGAUUAACUGACAAACCUAAUCCACAUGUACUUCAGGUUCAGGAGUCUAUUGUAGGCUACAGUGGUGGAAGGUGAACUCUCUAAACAAUUCAACAGUCUUGUCCCAACCUUUUCCCCCAUCCCAUCUGCUUUGAACCUCAGGUUCUAUACAUGUUUUUUGUAUGACUAUUUCAAUUUGAGAAAACUUGUUAAGCAAGAAAGAAUAAGGUGCAGGGUUUUAGCAAAGGUGGUCACACAACCGAAAUGAGUGAACAUAACAUGCUUGUCAGAAUGAACACUUAGGCAACUGGAUUUCCAAGAGACUGUAGACUAGAAAUGAGUGUGCAUUUGAUCAUGUGAUGAUUAACAUUUAUUUUUAUUUUUUGGCAGUUAUGUGUUCAUUCCAAUACUACCAUCUGCACUACUUGAUUUUUUGAGCGCCCCAACACCAUUUAUCAUGGGUAUACAUGAAAGCUACAAAGAUUACCUUGCGUCAGAUUUGGUGAGUGAUGAUUGAUUCACCUGUUAUGUACACUUGGCCAGUGAAUAUUGUUAUUUUUAUAUGGGUAGAUUCAUGAGCUUGGAAAAUAAGGAGAAUCAUGUGUUUUGAUUGACUAUCUAUGCCGACAAGAAGGGCCUAUCCUGCUUGCCCUCAGUUGCCUGCCUGGUUCCAGUAAGAAUAAUUGGAGGGCAGCUUAGUAUAGAACUUUUUGGUUAACAGUUUCAUGUUACCACUGCAACAUUUUUUUGGUUUCUAUCCCAAUGUUUAUGUUUGGCAGUUCAAGUAUGACUUGUAAGUGAGUGAAAUGAUGUAUCAGAGUUUUGAUUACUGUGUAUUGUUCUUGCAGACUGAUGUAAUUCUUGUAGAUAUUGAUGGAGGACAUGUCAGCAUUCCAGACUCUAUCAAUCUUCCUUACUUGUCAGAACCAUUUCUGAGUAGAGCAAGGCAUGAAUUAACCAUGGUAAGUUUAGCAGCACAAAGUAGGAACCAUGGGAAAAGUGUCUCAUAGUGUUAAGUAAAAUCAGAUUUGAAAGGUAGUACAGGGCGUGAAAUUGCGCCUAAAUUUUUUUCACUUUGGUGACCUAAUCCUGAAAAUUAGUUGCCAAAUUGACGACUAGAACGUUUCAUCAUAAUCUUACCAAGAGAUAUAGUGAAUUAAAAAGAUUUGCGAAGAUAAAUCCGCAGCAAACUUCCUCGCUAAGUUUGUUUCCAAAAUGUAGCACAUGCAUCUCGAUCGAUAACUAGACGCCAUCUUGGAUUUAGAUGAGCCGGAAAGUUGUAUAUCAUCCAUCCUAGUGUCCACUUUGUAGCACAUUAAAGAUCUUUUCCCUAACUUAAUUUUGGAGGGUCUAUCUAGAACGCUGACAGUGUAAAGAAAGAUUUUGUUUGUCUUUGAAAAUGGUGACCAACUUUUUUUGAAUUGGCUAUCACUUUGAAGAAUUUAGGAGCCAAGUGGCUAUCAGAAAAAAAAGUUAAUUUCACACCCUGUAGUAUGAUGUUCAUCUUUCUCUAAGUACAUAAACUGUUCUAUGUCUCCUCCAACAAAAAAUUGCAAGCAUAUAAGGAUUAGUUUAGCUUGUCAAGUAAUUACCAUCAGUUAAUUCUGAAUGUUGUACUAAAGAAUGCUUGUUGCUUUGAAGGUGUUAUAUCCUCAACUAGUAACCGCAGAUUGUGCUUUCCAGACACCAACUUCACCAUCACUUCCAGUCCUUCAGGUUUGUUGAGUGUUAGAUGAAGAUAAAUUUGGGCCCAUAACUUUGAUUUGUUUAGUAUUUACUUACUUUUUUCCUUUUAAAGUUUUGAAGUUAACAUUAUCUGUUUCAAUUUUACAGGAUAAGGAGCUGCGUGCUGUGUUCAUUAGAUUGGUUGCACAAAUGUUCUCUGGCUAUCGCUCAUGCCUAACUUUGAUCAGGAUCCAUCCCAAGCCUGUUAUUACAUUCAAUAAGGUAUGGUGUAUUGACCAAAAUAUUAUAUUAACAGUUGAUCAGUAAUACUCAGCUAUAAGAACAGGUAUUGACUGAAGAACAAAUGGCAGGCUUUUGUAAAAGAGUAGGGUUGCUUCAAAAUUCAAUGCAAAAAUGACCAAAAUGAUUCUAAAUGGGACAGGGCCCCUGAGAUCCAGUUGGCAAAUGACACACUAGUACAGUGUAGAUUGCUCUUGUGAGUUAGCUACAGUUAGUAAGUUCCAGAAGGGCAACUGCUUGUAAUUUUACAGGCAAUUAUUGCUUGGAAAACUACAUGGAUCGAUAAUAUUUUUUAAUACAGUGCAUGGACACUGUGUGUUAAGCGAGUUUAAAAUAUCUGUAAACUUUACAUACACACUUUACUGCUCAAACAGUACUUAAUCUGCUUUAAUUCCUCCAACCAGUUCUGUACAUUUUUAACUCUGACCUCUCAAAUUUACAGUUCUAGACCUAUCAUGCCUGUUGGGUUUGAAGUCAGAGAGUUCCCUUCUCUUUAUAGUGCUUGAGAUCCAUGCAAAAAAAUUGUUAUAUCAGAGCCUCAGGCUAGUAUGACUGCCACCAAGUAUAUGUCUCAUUAUCAUGUGAAAUUUUAUAUUUGUUUAAAAAUCUUUUGGUGGGUUGAUGUAGACACAAAAAUUAGUAGUUUGAACAUUCACAUUUUCUUUUAUGUAGGUGUCUUUCCUGGAGAACAGAGGUUUGGUAGGGGAUGUAUUCCUUUCCAAGGUAAUUUAUUACUGUUAUUUCAUGCCUAGUAUGAAAUGUAGACUUCAUCACCUGCUACAUAUGACCAUAUUCAUCAACUCUUCAGUGCAUUUUUGCCCAGGUGUUUUUACAACAUGCUACAUGUAUUUAUGUUUAACCACAGACAUACAAAUGUUUGUCCCUUAUGGUAAAAUCAUGGUAAGAUCAAGACCAAGCAUCACUACUGAGCAAACUUGCAUAAAUGCAAUUUUCAGUUGAGUGUCAAAAGGAAGCUGGGAUUUCUUUAGUUUUUCUUUAUUUGGCUCUGUGAUUGGUCAUUAAAACUUUCCUCACACUCUCAACCAAUUGGCUGUUGGUAUUACUUGGUACUGGUCACAUGACCCAUAAUCAAAAUGUGAUCUAUGAUGUUCAAGGUGCUAAGUUACGAAGCCCCUCCUUUCAAAGGCAUCCUUGCAGUUAUUGUGGCAAGUGUGUAAUAUCUGGAGGAAAACCAAUAGAGUGCAAAGAAUUAAGCAACCAAUUUCUUCAUUUUGAAAUGCAUACUAUGUGCUCAAACAUUGUUAUCAUCAUGUAAUCUAUGCCUUUUACAAACCUUUGAGCAGAGUCAAAGGAACACUGUGAAGCAAAGCUUUUUACUGGGGAAUGUCUGUUUACUACAACCUUUAAGAAAACUUUUUGAGCCAAGGAGAGAUGUCUUACUUUCCUCCUUCACACAACACCUGUGCUUAUAAUGUUAGACAUGCAUCCUGCAAACUCUAAAUGUUUUAAUUCUCAGGAGUAGAUCAUCCUGAAAGUCUUUAGGACACUGACAAGCAGACAUAAGGGGAAAUUUUUUCGUGAAAUCUUAAAUUCUCAUGACUCACUGGUAAAGAUGUGUAUGGUACUAUUUAGGGGAAGUAGAGUAGAAUUAAGAUCUCGGGAGUGGAGGGGUUGAGUGCUGGUUACUGGUAUGGGAGUUAUAUUAUAUUUCAUGUCACUGACUCAAACUGAAACAAUGUUUGGCUUUUUCAGGUUUUAGAGAGUAUUUCCUUCUUGUCCUUUGUGGCUAGUCGAGGUCCCCCAUACAGAUCCUGUGACCUCUUUGAUCAGGUAUGAAAUUGUUCUAUAUUUUCCACUUCUAUGCAGUCCUUUUAGGGUUGUCAAAUAUGUUUUCCACUAUUGAAUUGGAGGAUAACUUGUGAUGCUUUUUUAAAAUUUUUCAUUUCUAGCUUUGUGUGGAGAUUGAUAGCAUUCUGAUUAGUGAGAAAGGAUUGGAUCCUGAGGUGCAGGCUAACAUUCAACAACUUGCCCAGAAGCUGUAUGACAAUGUGAGUGGCUCCUCGAUUAAAUGUCAAUAUUAAUAAUAAUAAUGUAAUAGUGUAGUUUGAUCGUCCGGGUGAGUGUAGUCCUGAGAAGGACUGUUGUCGGUUGUCACCACUACCGACAACAGUCCUUCUCAGGACUACACUCACCCGGACAAUCAAACUACACUAUUACAUGUUACCCCCAGGUUCAAACCAUUUACUGUAAUAAUAAUGAUGAUGAUAGGACUGAGUGGAGUCCAAUUCUGUUUGUAAUCAUCAACAAAAUUAGAUGACCCUGAAGCAGGAGUCUGAUUUGUUAGUCAUGAGUAUGACUGCAGACCAAAUUGAAUGGCACGAAGUCUUGUUGCCAAUUAAUCAAAAUUAUGACAAAAUUUGAGAAAGAAAGAAAGUGGACUUCAGUUAUACAUUUUCUUAAAAAGGCAAUAGUAAACUUGCAAAAUGCACAAUUACAGCACAUGCACAUGACACAUACUAUACAGUUACACAGGCAUGACCUGUCAACUGUCUUAUUACACUGUCCAAUAAUGAGUAUGACCCAUAGACUGUCCUAUAAGUGCUCAAAUUGGGCUGGUGGUAACCGAUCACGUUCAAUAAUUUUUCUAUAGUUUUGAUUUACAAUUGUAACAAUAAAUAAUAGAGAUGAUGAUUUCUGUUCUAAGGAAAAAGCCAAUAACACCAAAAAUAAAGGUGAUUGGUUAGUGGUUUUGUGGUUUUUUAUGUCCUGAACAUUAUUUUGAUUGGUCAGUGCACAGUUGACUGAAGUCUCACUAAGAUAUUUAUUAAAAUAAACAAUCAAAGAUACAUUACUAUUUUUCUCAUUGUUUUUGGAGUCUGACUGUGAUAUUUAUUAAAAGAUACAAUGAAAUAUACAUCACAUCAAUCAAGUGGCCAGCCCUUUACACCCCAACAUCUUAAAUUGUGAUCAUUUCCUUUGUUCUUUUGAAUUUUACAUUUUUUCCUGGGAAGGUUUUGUAAGGAGAAAUUAUGCUAGUGACUGUUAGGGGUUGAAAGGUUAAUAGACAAUGAUUUAAAACCAUGACUUCAAGUAGGGAUGAACAGAUUGCCAGGGAAGAUCUUUCUGAAUUGACUGUGCAGGUCAAGUUUGGUUCUCAAAGAAAAUGAUGUGUCAAUUUAACACUUACUGGAAAUAUUACUUUUUUAUGGCAUUGGGGUGGACACCAGAAAGUUGAAGGGCAAGAGGGAGACCAAAGGCCACUUGCAGAAGGACUGUUGUAAGAGAGAGAGGCAAGUUGGGGUGGAAGAGCUGAAAUUUGGCCAAGGUGGCAGCACCUGACAGGGGGGUUGGGUGGACAAUGUGACAGCCUUAUGCACCUACUGGUGCAGCAAGCAAUGAUGAUGAUGAUGAUGAUGAUAAUGAUGAAAAUGAAAGUUUUAAUUGAAUUUUUUUUUUUAACAGGAACCUUCUUGUGAAUCUGCUGAGAACAAUAUUCUACCACCUAUUCCUGUAGAGGCAAUAGAGAGGUGCAGCCCGAAGGUUUUUCCAGAGCUUAAUGGAGAUGCCAUAAGCCGGCACUUGAAUCAACAGGAAAAUCUUUCUUUGGAUUACACAGCAAAAAGUGUGGAGCCUUGUGUCGUGCCUUCAAAUCCUACGUCAAGUAGGCAACAGCAUUAUAUUCCGAGUCGAAAGCUUGAAGUGUUGAAGGAUUGUGUUGCAUACAUCUUUGACAACCAGAUUUCUGAGGCUAGAAAGGUAAACCUUUUGUAUUUUGUUCUUCUUCUGCUGGCUGUAUGCAGCAGCUGGAUACUGUAUAUUUCUCACAGAUGUUAAUCUUUGUCCUGUCUCAAUGUCAAACUUCAGAUCUUUGUUCACGGUUACUAGAGUAGUUUCUUCCCUGCAGUUUCUAAAUCUAGCUUUUCACUCUCUCAAAGAUUUUUGUACAGAUCUCUAACUUAUCAUCAUUUUCUCAUUUGCUAUUUUAAAGAUUUUAAACAAAUUUGAAACUCAAGUUUUCAAACAGCUUCUUUACAGUGUGGAGCUCUUUCAUUGAAGUAGAAACAGUAGAAGCAGUGAUUCUCCACCAGAUGUAUCAACACAUUCUAAACAUCUUUGGCCUUAUUGCACUUGAAAAACAUUUUCCCAGAUCAUUUUGGUCUAAUGCAGUAGAAUCCCAACUUCCCACACCCUUAGUUUCUUGAGAACCAAAACUAGCUUCCUUUCUCUACCAAACACUUUUAUCCCUGAAUUCAUGGACCUCCCUUAAAAUUGAAAAAUUUCAUUUUUUCUGGAAACUUGGAAGAAUCAGGAUUCCAUUGUAAUUGGAUAUGCUGUCUUUGCUCACAAUGUUUGAACAGUGUGAAGACGUUUAAAUGUUAACUUGACAUUAGUCAAAACAUUCACAUUUACCUUUUUUUCCAAACAGUCACUUCCCUCCGUGGUCAGAGGUCUGAAGUCCAAAGGAGCCCAAUUAGCUCUGUGCCAUGAAUUGUCCCUCAGGGCUAGACAAAACAGAUCACUUCUGGAACAUGAUCAGUUUGAUCUGGUUGUGAGACUUAUGAACAGUGCAUUACAGGUUUGUUCUUCAGACUGUUGUUAUGAACAAAAACUCCAAAUGGGCAGGUGUUACUUAAAUUUCACAUCCACUUACCCAGGAACUUCCAUUCAGUGCUGUUGCAAUUCUGCUGAGCCCAGAUAAAGAUCUUUCCAGGGGAUAUUGCUAUUUAAUAACCUUUGAACAACCGGGGCCUGGUGGAUAAAUUGUCUUGAUUCUUGCCUGUUUGGAGUUUAAGGAACAAAAGAUAUUACAGACGACAUUCUUUUUUUCCAAUUAAUGUGUAUAUCUGGGUUAAAUAAAGAUGGUGGUAAACCUGUUUUCAAAAGCUUGGAGGCUGGCUUGGGUUGAAGAGUUUUGCUGACUGAUAAGCUGUCAUAGUUGCGCUUAUAGUAAAGAUCUUGUCAUCCUCACUGAUCUCCUCUUUUUUUGUUUUUUUCUUCAUAACCAAUUGCUCCAUGAAUAAUGAUUGAUUUAACCACUAGAGGCAAUGUAUUGUAUGGUAAAGCAUCCAUGUAGGAAUCCUCUCUUUAGGGAUAACUAAGUCCUCUUUAUUUCAUGCUUGAGCAGAACAUUAUGGUGGACCUUGUUCCCUCUAUAGGCUUUGCAUGCCUAACUUUAUUAUAGCACUGAGUUGUAGCGGUGAUGAAUUGACACCCUUCUGUGAUUCCUUUUAUUAAAAUUGAUGGUUAACUUGAUUUACAAACGAAAAAAAAAAAACUGUAAUGUUUGUAUCUAUAAGAAGCACCAAGUUGUAGCUGUGAUGAAUUACCACCCUUCUGUGAUGCUUUUUUUUUAAAUUGAGAACUUUAUUUACAAAGAAAAAAGAGAAAAAGAAUUGUAAUGUUCAUAUUGUGUGAAAGGCAAGAAAAUAUGUUUUUUUUUUUUUUUUUUUUUUUUAGGAUGAUGCAAGUAUGAGUAACACAUCUGUAGCUGCAGCUCUUUUACCCCUUACAGCUACAUUCUACCGAGUGAGUGAAUUUUCUUUGUUGUUUUUGUUUUUUUGCAGUCUUAUUAAUCCAAAAUUGUGUUUUUCUUGAAAACAGUUUUGGGAGGUUCCCUUCACUUAACUCUGUUUAUAUUGUGAUUAUCAGAAACUAAAUGCUGGUGUGAUCCAGUUUGCUUACACUUGUGUCCAAGAGCAUCCAGUUUGGGAAAGACAACAAUUUUGGGAGGAAGCCUUUUACUCUGAUGUUGAGUCUCAGAUCAAACAACUCUAUGUAGAUGAAGAAGCUCCAAAAGCCAAUGCUGAAGAGACAUUGGAAAGAAAGGAACAGCGUAUCUCAAGGAGCAGCUUGACACCUUCAGCAAAACAUCGCAGUUUCACAAGGAGUAGAGAUAACCUUUCUUCCACACCCAAGGAUUCAGGGAGUUCAAUCGACAUAGACCAGUCCUCUCGAGAAGAGCAGAAACCAGUCCCAAGUGCACUGAGUAUUGCUGCCAAGCAGGUUUGUGCUUUGCCUUUAUCAUCACUGCACAUGUCACAUUUGGUUAUAAUAAAUUCUCUGUUGUAAAAAGACUCAAUCACAUCCAAAAGGGGAAAAGGGUGAAUUUUUUCAGCGAACAGCUGUUAACUCUUUCACUCCUGAUGCCUCACCUUUAAUUCUCCUUACAAUUCCUUUGAUGUUAGCUCAAGAAUUUGGGUAUUGGAUCAACUAACAAUCCCUUUAGUGACAUUUUUCUUUAUUCUCAUCACUAGUUUGUCAGACAUUCUAUUGAUAUUGUGAGGAGAAAUUCUGUUUUGGUCACUUGUGGGAGCUAAUGGGUUAACUAGGAGUGUGAAAUUUUUGCCAUCAAAUGCCAUCCAGUCACUCUGGUGAUCAUAUGGGGUAGAACAUCACACUUUUUAAGUUUGAAUUACAUGUAUUUGGGUUUUCAAAAAGCCAAGAUUGGAAAAAAAUCAGUAUCCUUCUAAAGGAUUUAAAUGAAUAUGUUUUGUGGUGGUUAUUGUAGCUUAAGAAAUGGCCCCACUACAGUAAGGAUGAGAAAGAUUCUCUGAUAACAAGUGAGGAAGGCAUUGUAUACAGUCAAGCCAUCCACUAUGCCAAUCGAAUGGUGUACAUGAGGAUUCCCCUGGAUGCUAGUGAGAAGAUGCCACGACCUCCUCCUGCUGCAGGUAAAUCAGAUUGGAGGACAUUGUGAAUGAAAGGAAUAGUUAAAUGAUUUUUGUCCUUGUGUCAUGACAAAUUUAACAUGUCUGUUUUUUUGGAAGGCGGGGGGAGUACCCUAAUUUGGUAUCCAAAAUACAGGGACAGGGACAUGUGAGGGGGGAGAAGGUGUUUUUCAUGUCUGUCAGUAACAUUAUGAGAAGUGAAGCAAUCACAUGCCUGCAAACAAACUAUCUCAAUUGAAUUUGGUGCUAAAUCAAAGAAAUCAAAUUGGAAAUCAAUUUUGUUAUGUGGAAUCCUUUAUUGGUCACCUCUGGGAAUGAGAGGUCAUCUUCACACAGGAUGUUUUUGAUGUCAGUAAUCCCAGGAUGCUAGCAUACGAUCAGACCCUUAUUAUAAUUGACUCUGUAGGAUGCGCUUUUCUUCGCUGGCAGGGUGAGUCAAAAUGAGUUGGGGAGAGGUUUGUGGGGGGGGGCGGGCACCAGUAAUGUGAGACCCUUUGCAGCCCUCUUGCCAACUUGCGUCGCUCAAGGCCUCAGAGUUUCCUGUCCUGUCAAGACAUGAACUUUGUGUUUCUUUGGGAAAAGAAAUGCCUGUGCCAAAGAGCUGAUAAUGAUGGCGUGUUCGCUGGGUAUGCUUGUCAUAUGUGAGCUUGUUAUGUGGCCUACACUGCAGCUUUCCAUGAGUCCUCUGUGGCAUGAUUAGUAGCACAUCCAACCACAAAGCUGAAACUGGUUAGGGAAUGAGUCCACUGAGGUUUCUACUGUCAUGAAAAAUAUAUAACAUAUUGCAUUUACGGUGUGUAUUUUUUUUUUCUGUCUCUGCUGUCAGGUACACAAAUAGAUGGGGAGGGGUCUGUCAGUGGCACCUAUGCUGGGAGCAUUGCCAAUGGUGUGGCAGGAGGUAGGUGUCAUACUGUAGUUAAGCAUUCUUGAUUUGACCCUUUUUACUCUUGACCUUUUUCUCUAUACACUCCUUAUGUUACUGAUCAGGAGAAUUCAUUCAAUAAUCAAAGGGUUCAUAUGUGGGAAGCAUGUCUUUUGUUCUGUUGACCUCAAUGUUUGAUUUAGGGGUGAUACUGUAAGGAGAAACUAGGUGCUAGUCACUCUUUGGGGUUGCAGAGUGAAACUGUUUGUUUGAAUUCCUCGAUGCCUGCAUGUGACAGGCACGAAAGUGUCCAAGAAUAAAGAUGUAUGCCAGGGAUGGAUACUGAGGGAGUUAAGGGAAGUUGUCAUUAGGUUGCUGAAAUAAAAAAUGUCAAAAAAUAUCACUAUGCACAGGAAGUCUGAACCAAAUUGGAAGUCCAGCUUGCUCCAUGUGCAAACGUCUCUCAGUGUUUUCACUUUACCAUUUCUAUCUUUCGACUCUUAAUUUUUUGGGUUUUUAACCACAAGAAAUUUCUCCUUGUCUUGGGCAUCCUGCCCAGAGUUAAUUUGUGACCCUGGUGGAAGAAUAGCCUUGCAUUCGAGAAAGGGUUAAUAAAUUUUCCACACAGGCCUGUUAUACAGAGUAAGGAACAAGAAACAGUGGAAUAAAAUUUAUACAUUCAUUUCAUACUUAAUUUUUUUUAGGGAGUAGUGAAGUUGGCAGUUGUAUCACAGACAGUGGUGGAUGUGAUAUCUAUAUGGAUGAUGAGGAUGGUGGAACUAUUGCUGACCAAGUGACAAGAUUUGUCAGUCGGUUUGUGGAUCGUGUUGGCACAGAGGCUGGAAUUAGUCAAGAGCAUCUUAAGUCUCUUUACACCAUGAUACCAGGUCAGUGUUAUUAGGCGGUGGACAAGAAGAGUGGAAAAUCUAACAAUUUUAACACAGCCAGACCCUUACAUGAACUCGUUAUUUCUUCAACCUGUGUUGAAAUUUGACUUGCCAUGUAUUUUGUAUUUCCAGAUGCAAACAGAAAGUUUCUUUGUUAUGUUGGUUUGAUGUGCAUAAACAUGGCUGUAUUGUAGCUUUAGAAUACAGACGGCACGGUUUUUUUUACCUUCUUAAUUUUUUUUUCUUGUUGUUUUGUUUUUUGCUUUGAUGGGAAACAGGAGUAGUUGCGAUGCACAUAGAGUCAUUGGAGCCAGUUUAUCGUGAAUACAAGAACUUGGCUCCAAUUCAAAAGGUUGGUACUUAGUACUUGAAAUAUAUGACAACUCUGAGUAUUUAGAUUGGUUGUUCGUGGCUUUGAUGAGGGAAGAUUCUAUUUGAUAUAAAAACAAAAAAACGCUCAUUCCUGAACGAAAUUUUAUACUAAAAAAAUCGGCUGAUUUCGGGAAGGUGGGGGAUUUUAUUGACCAAAAGAGUCCAAGAAGCCAAAAUUUUUUUGGGGUGACAGUUUUUCAUUAAUUUUAUUGGUCAGGAAAUCUGAGUGGGUGUCGCAGUCACAGUUGCUGACACCCAUUCCAACUUGCUGUGACUGUCCCCUGUUUGUCACUCACCGCAGGCCAAGAUCAUGAGACCCGCCCUGCUGGUGGGGGAGGAUAUGAUGAGCGACGGACUCCGUGCUUACCUCAUACCUGACGGGAGGGAGCUUGGCAAGGGAGGAGACGAUCAGGGUGGGGCACGUCUGUUGCCCGCUGAAGGAGCAGUAUUUCUGACAAACUACAGAGUGAUUUUCAAAGGGACGCCAGUAGAUCCAUUUGGUAAGUUUCUUCCGGCAAUUUUUUUGUGCUUUUGAUUUUUUAAUUAUUUAAAAGAGACCGCUCAACCUUUACUGACGAUAACUUCCACAAAGGAGCAUGUGGUUUUGUUGCCUUCAACAUAAAACCCUUACAUUUUUCUCUUAUCAUUAGUAAGUACUUUUAAUAGAUGAAAAUCUUGUGACAUUCCUAGGUUAUAAGCUUUUGAGAGGUUAGGCUGUAAAACUUACUUGACGUUCACUUUUUAUAUCCCAUUUACUUUAAGGAACAAAGCGAUAUUGAGUAAACAAACCCCUUUGGGCGGCUGGUAUGUCGGCUGAUAAUGUCCGUGGCUGGUAAUUUGUCCGAAAAAUGAAUAUUUGACCGAGAAGCGAUGUUAAAUGUUAAAUUUUGAGGACAAUCUCCUAGCCAAGGACAUUAUCAGCUGACAUACCACAAGCCAGAAAGGGGUUUUAACUAUUUCAUAAUCCUCCUGUAAGUUUUCAAAAAUCGCUCGUAAAAAAAAGAAGUGUUGAUGUGAUUGCGGAUGCCUAUAUGCGACCAGCUUUUUAAUAUCACCGUCACUGAAAUCUACAAAACGAGUUCGGUUUCCUUCCGUGUAUAUUAAUAGAGAUGAAGGAUGAAACUCUUGAGCGGGCUUUGUUUCUUUUCGACGGAAAUAAUCGGAGGACAUACUGAUGUAGAUGGGGAUUAUCGCUUGAUAACUGUGCGAUGAUUGAGAGUAGCCCAUAAAAUCGCGCGCAAAAUUAUUGGGUGUGUCGUAAGCUUUAGUUAUGCCUCGAAAAUCCCCUAGUGAACAAUUAAGAAUUACAGAACAUGAAUUAUCGAUAAACCGGCCAGUGCCAUCUACCCAAAUUCAGAUGGUGCUGUUAUGCUUCAUUUUUUCUGUUAUCGUAUAGUUACUUCCGAGUGGUGUGAAUGGUGAAUGGUGAAUGGAGUUACCUUUUUCGUUUUUCAGCAUCUGAGAUGAUUGUGACUAGAAGUUUUCCUGUGGGAUCACUUGUCAAGGAGAAGAGGAUUGGAGUGCAGUAUUUACAGCACUUGGAACAGUGGCUGCACGAGUGUAUUCAGCUCAGAUCUAGUACUUUUCAGGUUACUAUUGAUUCAAUACCUUUUUUGCCUUGAUUUGCAUUCCUGCAGUUUAUAAAGUAAUUUCAACAACCAGGUUAUUUCAAGUUGACAAGUUUGAAAUACAAAAUAAGAUAGAUACUACUCGUUGUUAGCUGUAGCUAGUCGUGGCGAGCUUUGGUUUAAAGCCCUCACAGAAUAUUUAACCUAAUUUUAGCAAAAAUCCAGCAACACAGAAUGAAAAGUAAUGGUUCUGAUAAUUGGUCUGAACUGACAUUGGAAUCCUUGAGAUUCUCCGCAAACUGAAUGAUUAAAUUUUUGUGUCGUAUAUGUGAACAGUCCUUUGUAGGCAAGCAGAAGAUAACCAUAGCAACAUAACCUGUAAAACAGGUUCUGAAACUUACAAGCAAAAUUUUUAGCGGCAAGAGACAAACCAACCUCUUGAGCGAACAGCAAAUAGUUCAUUGCAAAUGCACUUAGCAUUUAACACUGACCUACCAGAAUUGAUAAUAGUGCCAAACAUUUGCUUGAUUUUCACUAUACCUGAGGUUCUUCUGCAUUUGCAUGAAAAUUAUCCCUUUUUCAUUUUCUUCACCCAACAGAUGAUGAAAUUGGUUUUUGACGAGGAGGUUCAACCGGAAAACAUUGAGACAUUUCGAAAGACAUUGCAAAGGAGACGUUCACCUACUACGGUUUUCGGUACAUUUGCCUUCUGCGGCAAAGGCGUUCCAAGGACGCCGACGUUUGUCAUUGAAAAACACAUGGAGAGACAAGGAACUCUUCGAAAAUCCAAGAAGAAACUCGCAAAUGCGUCACGGAACAAGGCAGGUAGCAUCGCUCAGAUUCGGGAAUCUCUCCGAAAAAAACGCCACCGGCACAAUACGUCAGAUCCACAGAGUCUGGACCACAGAUCACCAAGUGGAUCCCUCACCACGGAUGAUGAUGAUUCUGCGGUCGAUGUAAAUGACAUUUCCCUCAAAAGCGAACCUAUUGUCGUUCAUGGGGCUGAACGGCUCAGUAAGUUGUCCUACUGCGGUGACUACUCGCGUCUUAAACUUGGCAAUAUUGCCAAAGACUCUGCAGACGGACCUUGGCGGAUUUGCAUGGUCAAUGUCACAUAUACUGCGUGUAGAAGGUGAGGAUGAAGUCUUGUUUGUUAGGGUGAAAGUAAGAGAAGAGUCUGCGUGCUUGACUAGCUUUCAUCGUUGCCGGAGCUUUUCCCGGUUUCUUUAGCAUGAAACAAGCGAGUUUUAUUCUCUAUUUCGCCCCAGAUAGAAGACCAAUCCAUCGCAGGUUAUCACUCCCUCUCCCUCUCCCCGACCCAUCCCUUGUCAUAUGACAGGAAAGAGAGUAAGCACGAGGGCAAAAAUAGUGUCUUGGGGUACAAUGGGAACUUGGUUGAUUUUUGAACAAUUACAGUCUUUUCUCGAGGAAAAGAAGGUAAUGGAAAGUUUCAUCUUUGUUGAUUUGUUUCACAUUUCACUGCAGAAAACCGGUUUGGUUCAUUUGUUCGUUAUGACGGGGCGGAUUUUAUGUUCAGGCGCCUGAUUGUGACAGUGAUUUGGUUUAAUCUGGGUUCGGGAUCCUGAAACUGCGCCGUGUCAGUCUGUUCUUAUUACACCUGUUUUUCUCCACAGUUACCCAUCAGUGGUUGUAGUUCCACAAAGCAUAUCAGACGAUAGCAUUCUCAGAAUAGCCAAAAACCACCGCCAGGGCAGGUUUCCUGUUGCAGUGUGGAGACACCAGCGGAACAAAGCCACACUGCUUAGAGCUGGUGGUAUUGAAAGGAGUACAAUUGGAUCAAUCAUGCGUCAGACCAAAAAUGUAGGGCAGGGAGGUGUAGCUAGUCACGCCAUCUCUUCAUCUGCCUCAGCUGAACAAGAGAAGUAUUUUAGUGCCGUUGGUGAGUAGUUAAAGACAAUGUCAUGAAGGAGCCCUGAUAUUUGCGUGACACUUUAACACUUAAAGUAACGUUACAAUUUCGUUACAUAUUUACUCAUUUCGUGUUGAUUUAUAUGUCGCUGCUUCAAUGACAGUCGGUCUCUACUUAUUAUUUUUGACUUUUCAGUUUCGUUUGGGGCGCUCCUGUUAAUUAUUAAGUACUGUAUCAUUUGAUAAGCGGUUACUUUCGGUUAUAAUUUGAAUCGCCAUUGCGUUACUAAGAGAACGGAGGAGACGAACAUGAUUUUAAGUGACAACUUACUCGUGGUAAUGCUAAGGCAGCCACUUCGUGGUCGUCGCUGUUAAGUUUUCUGUCGAGCGUAUAUUGUGCGGAGUACGCGAAAGUAUUGUCGUUGGAGAGCAAAGUGGAAUGUUCUAGAGCGUGCCUAAAUGGUGGGGGAAGGAGGGGAGGGGAGGGAAUGUAUCUUUGGGUGCUUAUCACCCUCUUCCUCUGUUACGAAAACUCACAGUUUGUGAUGGUAAGGAAAUAUGAUAACCCUCAUAAUGCCCCUAAGGCCUGUUGUCAGACGCGGUAUCUCUGACGUUAAUUAAUUUGACUGUGUUCAUUGACAUUUUAGUGGCAGCGACACCUCAAAGUAAAAACAAGAACAUGUCACGCGCGAACUCUCUACACCAUGGCGUUCUCCUCAAGGAUGGUUACUUUGCAGAUGAAGUUGAUUCAGGUCAACUUGUGGACAGAACCAUAAUGAAGAAAGGCUGGGAACCGGCAGCUCUCUACGUCUUUGGUGACAAGACAUUGUUAAGGGUAUGUGUUUAUAUUGAUAGGGUAUAAGUGACUUAUUCGAUGGGUGUAGUGGCUGGAUAGGUUGUACACCAUAGGUUAAACCAAGACAUUACCACAGCAACUUCGUAAAACUCUAGAGAACACGACGUGAAACAUACGAAGCAAAAAGAGCGAAACUCAACGAAAAUAAAGUUUUUAACAUUCGAACAAACUUGAAAAGUUUUCAAUACCGGCUGCAAGUUGAAAUAGUCACUUUUUGUGAAAGUAUCACUCAGAACGUUAAGAACUGAUCUUCUUUUGUUACAUAACGGUGUACUUGCCCUCGAAGUAUAAAACAAGCUUGCCACUUGAAGCGCGGGAAAAUGCGAGUGACCAGGACGCGGUUGGUGUUAGUCUUGAAUCUGAUUGGUGGAGAGGAUGGCGAAAGCGAAAACGAAAGCAGUAAUGGAUUAGUUCGGACACUUGCAAAUUGCUGUUGAAUACCCCUAAUUUAACGAAGUGAACAGGAUCAACAAAGAUCCUGUGAGGAAGGUACUGCAUUUACCAAUUUCGUUUUGUUUCCCUUUAGCAUGUCAAACAAGAGGCUUAUCCUAAGUGUGACUUUGUACCGAUUGAGGUAAGACAUGGGAUGCGAUUUUGUCUGAAUUUUAGAUAAUUUGCGGUUUAUGUAUUCUAUGUUCUGUAGUCCAGAUGACGAACUUUUCUCUCAUUAACGUCCAUCCAUAUUUGUAUCUCUAUCGUCAGCUCCCAGACAUCAGAGCAGUUAGAGCAAGUUUCAAGAAGUUUCAGCGUGCGACUUGUCCGAGUACAGAAACAAACUCAAGCUUCAUUCGGCAGGUCGAAGACUCUGAAUGGCUCCAACAGGUAUGUUGAAUCAAUGAACUCGAAAAAAAUAAUCGAGGUGAGAGAGGGGAAAAUAGAUCCGAUAUCCCUUGGUUUUCAAUGAAAUCAAGAGCCGUUAGAUUUAGCACACGAGUCUGAACUCCCUGUAUUUUUUGUUCGAAAUCGUGGCGCUCUCGGCUUCGAUCCAAAAGCCGUAAACCUUGUAAAGCACAUUCCUCGCAACCUACUUUAGGAUUUUAAACCGAACUUGUUGGUUAUAUAUCGUACAAGAACGUGGAGUUUGAAAUGAUAAUGAAGCUCCAUUUUGUCGCUUGGGAGCAACAGCACAAAAUAUAUGCGCAGUAGUUCCUUUUUGAUUCUUGGCACUGUAACAGUCUCAACACCAGUCGGAUUCAUAAACCAUUAUCCCUUUGAUUUCCAUUUGCAGCUGUCAGCCAUCAUGACGGUGGCCAACUGUUUUGUUGAUCUCAUUGAUAUCCAAGGAUCGUCUGUCCUAGUUUGCUUUGAAGAUGGCUGGGAUGCUACUCCGCAGGUAAUGGCAUAAUCACAUGGUGUUAGGGACCUUAGGCAGCAGGAUGGGGAUGCUGAGAAAACUUUGAUUCAAAAAAAUGAAUUUACAUUUUCCAUAAGAAUUUCCGAAAUGGCUGCAUCUUUUUACCUUUGUUUAACAGCGUUAGAGUUCAUCUCGAAAGUGAAAUAGAUAGGCAGUGUUUCGUCCCAAAGACUUACGCGAGUAGUUUUCCGGCGGUGUUCUCAAACUUGGGGCUUUCACGUUCCUGCUUUGCAAAGGGUGGCUGGGAAAGAAACAAGUCUUGAAAGUGCAAAUAAUGAGCUCUUCUUCUUCUUCAUUAAAGCUCUUGUUUCUCUGGAGUCUUAUUGCCGUCGUAGUCGUGGUUUACUUAUGGUCUCUGUUGUCUUUUACUGUUUGCUGGAAAGCAUAUCAGUUAAGGGUUGUGAAACGAAAACCAAAGUAUUUACAACGGUCGAUCAAAGCGAAGGACAAUUUCUAAGGGAACCAAUUAGAAUUCAAAGAAGCCGGCUUCAAGCGUGGGAAAACGCAAUUGACGAGGUCGAGAUUGAUUGUAAUUUUUUGCAUCUGAUAAUUUUUUGCAUCUGAGAGGAUAAGAUGAAACUCGUGAUCAAUCACAGCGCGGUUCAAAGAGCAGAUUUAUUUAUUAUUAAUUUUUUUUCUUCACGCAGGUGUUGUCUUUAGCAGAGCUUAUGCUCGAUCCUCACUAUCGAACCAUCGAUGGUUUCAAACUUUUAAUUGAAAAGGAAUGGCUUUCCUUUGGACACAGGUUCACCCACCGUGGAAAUCAUAUCGCUUCAACCCAGGGAGGAUUUACUCCCAUCUUUCUUCAGUUCUUGGAUUGUGUGCAUCAGGUAUUUUACGAGAUAUUGGUAUUACUAGGUUAGACCUUGGAUAUAGAGCCCAUUUCGAUCGAAUGUCGUGAAACCACACGCAAGUAAUCACUACAGCCAAUCAGAUGUGAGGAAAUUACCGCAUGUAACAAGGAAACUACUUGAAGGGCGGGAAAACGCGGGUGACCAGCUCGCGUUUGGGUUUAGUUUUGAAUCUGUUUGGUUGUGAGGAUGGCGUGAGUUUUCUGAACCAAUCACACAGUGAAGUCGAGAAAAACAAAAGCAAUCUCGGAUUACUUUCAAUACUCUAUUUAUAAUUGCUGUUGUGUAAAACUUUGUCCAUUGUAAGAGUCGGGAAGGAAGGAAUUCAGUGGUAAGCUGCUAAAAAUGAGACUUUUCUCGGCUAUGUGUGUGCUUCACCCUGUUGUUGAGUGCUCUUCAGUCACUCUUUUCAGUCACUCUUCCACUGUCACCUCAUUUGCAUAAAAAUGCCUUUUUACCCUUUUAGAUAAUGCUUCAGUUUCCUUUGUCCUUUGAAUUCAACGAUCAUUUUCUGUGUACUAUCGCUUACCAUCAUGCCUCGAUGAGGUUUCGCACUUUUCUUUUGGAUUCUGAACAUGAACGUUCCGAGUCUGGUUGGAUGGCAGAGGAGGAUCACAAACCAAGAGGGAAAUCACUUUGGGAUUACAUGGAUGUUCAAAAGACCAAGUCACCUCUCUAUAACAACUUCUUGUACUCGCCAAACCAGACCAAGGUAUAGAUAGACAAUAUCAUGAAUAUACAGAAACAAACAACAGAAUUCUCAACAAAAUAUGAACAUCAGAGUGAAAUAGCGUUUUGGGAACAAUAUUUUUUAUUAACGAAAAUGAGUCUUUAAAACUUUAAAUCAAUGUCGCUAUCUAAGCAUCUAAGCAACUGCUCAGACACCCUUCCCCUAACCCGUCAACAGUCAAUUGAUAACAAGUUAGGGUUAAUGUUGUGUUAGGGGAGUGGUCUGUGCGCAGUUGUUCAGAUACUGAUACUGAUCCAAGAUUCCACGUGUCGUGGCGAAUCCACACGUUGUGGAUUUCUAGCUGAGGUCAAGAUUUUGACAUGUCUAAGGAAGUAGAGAAAGAUGUUUUCGUCUUGUCACGAGCGUGGGACAAAGAAAACGUUCUGAGUCCCCAUGAGGAAUCAAGCCUCAGACCUUCGGAUUCCGCGCUCCGAUGCUCUACCACUGAGCUGACAGGCGGCCUGCAUACUGCUAGGAUCAGCAAUGUCGAUAGCGUCAUGUUUGUAGAUAGAAGUAAGAGAGAUGGUAAGUAUUGAGUUCGAUAAAGAAACAGAGAAAGAUGUUUUUCGUCUUGUCACCAUGUCUAAGGAAGUUUCCUUGAAGAUUGUUGUUACACUUGAAGCUAUGGAGGUUGUUUUUUUUUUACGUGAACAUCAUGAUGAUGAAAAAGAGGCCGUUAGAAAGCUUUGGUCAUGAGGCAUUGACCGAGAUUCAUUUUCUUUACUGGGGAAUUGUCCUUUGAUACACUUGGGACAAUCAACUUAAUCAUACUGCGAAUAAAUUCGAUUAUUCUGUCUUUUUAGGGCACUUCAUGAUUGUGCCCUUAAAGUGAAGCCGAAGUAUCUGCAACAACCGGUCAGAACAGGGAAAAGCAUCACAAGGACCCAAUGAGAACACUUUGUAGAUAUGUGUAAAUGUCCUCUAGUUCGAGAAAUUGCAAGGGAACAAGUCGCGGUUGGUUUUUAGUUUUGCAUCUGAUUGGUUGAGGUUGAGGUGGGGCAAGUUAUAUCGACCAAUCACAGAGCGCAUAGUAACAAAUUGAAUGAAGGUUGUUUUAAAUGCACCGGUAGUUCUACACCAAAACUGAACUAAAAGAUGUUACAAUUUUCUUGCAGGUGUUGAGACCAUUCUGUAAAGUACCCAAUCUGAAGGUGUGGAAGUAUUAUACAACAGAGAACCUGUCCACCGGCCCAACUUAUGACUUGGAGCUGAUAAAUGAUGUGACAACCACGGUAGAAAAUGAAGGAAGCCCUGAUGGAAAACAGGUAUGGGAAAAAAAGCUAUUAUAAGUUUAUAUGAAGCUUGUAAAUGAACUACAAUCGAGUGAUUGAUCAAUCAAUUAAUCACUUAAUUACUUAAUGACUGAGAGGGCUGGACAGGAAAAUCAUUUGGCUUGAGGUCAGGACAUACGGACCGAGCGCAGCGAGUUCAAUGCAUCACGACCCAGAGCCAAAUAUUUUCCCGUCUGGCCCAAUCUAAGUUAGUCAAUAAGCAUUUUAUCACAAGGCCGUCGUUCUUUCUCUUUGAUCCUUUCUUCUUUUAGCUUGUUGCUGGGCCAUAUGGCUCUGUGCGGCCCUGCUCACGUCAUCGCGUACGGUCCUCAUGAGAGGAUUUUUGCUUAAUGUAUUUCAAUAAAAGUGCGCGUUGCCGUACGGGUCAUAUGAUAAUACUAGUCUAGUAAACAGAAAAUCACAAAAUAUGUAGUGAUAAACCAAGAAGGAUGGAAGAGAUUAACAAAGAAUGACAAUGUUAGGCUGGAUGAAUCUCGUAUGUGGCACCUGCAAUAGUUCACGAAUAUGUAAGUUGACUGCAAAUAGGUGAGAUAAUUUAUCAAGGAGGUAAUACAACCAUCGCUCUGACGAAGGGUUAACGCUCCAAACGUCAGCCUUUAAACUCUUUACGGUGGCUAAUUUACGUUUUCAACUCAGUUGGCAAUACCAAAUUACACUAAUUAUAACUUUGUUUCAUUUGUGACCAGGAGACCUAUGGAAGCUGUACGACUGGUUGCUAUGGUGAUGUCACUCAGUUUGCACUAGACGAGUGCUCGUGGCUGCUUCAAGAGCUGUAUAGAUUGGAGGAGGAAGCUGAUCAGAAACCUAAGAAAUGGGAACAACACUGGCACAAGCUGUCUUACCCUGCCAUGAAGAGAAAGGUGCGUUACGCAACUUAACGUAACGUUUACUAACGAAACGUAAUGUAGACUAAUUCGACAAAACGUAGCGAAAGGUCCACUGACAUAACGUGAAGUUAAGGUGCGCAAAAAUUAGACUGAGAACAAUCAUUCAUAGACACGAAAUAAGAUAACAAAACAGCAGAUCGCCGCGCUUACAACAUUUCAAGUUUAUAUACAGAAGUCGUAAAUUUAUUGUAUUCCGAGUAACUUUUUGGAAUGAUCAAGUUGCUUUUUUUGUUCUUAUAGGUUUUGUCCUAUAAUGGAAGAUGGUUCAAUCAUCAGAGACUGAACCUUCACAAGAGAAGUACCAUGGAAGUAAUUCUUAAGGUAUUACAACUUCCCUUGAGAUUGAAAGCUCCAUACUUUUCUUCCUUUCUGCGUUCCCCAAAAGUUGCCUCGAUUUGAAGAGAGCCGCAAAAUAUUGGUUUGACGAGAUAGAAAGGCACCAAAGAGGAAAUAAAAAACUAACGAGGAGUGAGAAUGAUUUGGGAGAGAAAAUAGUAUUACGGAUUACAAAUGAUGAGCCCGAAAAGUUUAUCGGUGUGCACAGAAAUACUUCAUGGAAAACUUUGGCUGAUAGAAGUGAUAGUAGUCUUAUCUCAUGUUUUAGGGUAAGCUCCAAGUGGAAGAACGUGGAGCUCAGGGCUUCUCACAGCCGCACAACUUUGAGACCCAUCUGUUUGUUCCUCCGUCAAAUUGCGAUCAUUGUCUACAGUUGAUCAUUGGUAUUUUAAACAAAGGUGAGAGUUCCGCCGCUCUUCCAGGAUGUUGUCCCGUGUUCGAAGAUUUCUUACCCUGUUUAGGUUAAGUUAGCUUUAACGAACUUUGUUACCAGGAGUGUGAGGACCCUAGGGGUGCUAGUGGUUCUCUAUGCUGGUUCAUCGUAGAUAACCCCACCAGAAUUUCGUUAAGUCUCUCAAACAGUUUAUUGUUACCUGUUUAUACCACUAAGUGGAGAGAGGUGUUGCCAUGGUUAAGUGUUAAUGUUGUGGCCUGAGCGUCCGCGUGAGCGUAGACAACUAAAGGAUUUUGACAACCGGAAGUCAGUAUUCAGAAGACAGUCCACUGUUAUUUCAGGAUUCAAACUAUUUACUUGAUAGUGUUGAAAGGUCAUUGCCCAGCAAUACACAACAACACACCCCAAUGACCCCAAGAAGGGCUAGAACCCAGACCUCUCGAUCUCGCUUCCAACGCGGUAACCACUCAGUCACAGUGUCAUGGGUGUUGAUAACCACCAUCUCAUUUUGUAUGAAACUCAAGAGUUAUUUUCACAUUUACAGGAAUGAAGUGUACAGAAUGUGGUUACAACUGCCAUGAACGGUGCCAACCGCAGGUCCCUUGGCAGUGUAAGAAACGAGACCUUCUCGAGCAGCCUGGGUCUGGAAUGACUAAGAGUACCAUGAGCCUGCCUAGUGAGGUCAGCAGUCGCUGUCGGUUGCAUUUAAACACUUGUCGUUAUAUACUUGUACUUAGAAUUCCUAUUAAUGUUGUCUUUUUCAUUAUUGUUGGUGUUAUUAUUGUUAUUAUUAUUAUAAUUAUUAUUACUUAUUAUUAUUAUUAUUGUUGUUGUUGUUGUUGUUGUCGUUCAUUAUUCAUCCCGAGUGUUUUUACAGUGUUAACAACCCUCUGGAGUGAUGAAUAUUUUACCUCUAGGUUAUAAGAAUACACCAACGUAUCAGAUGAGGGUUGUUACCCUGAUGUAACAGGAAAUUCUCUGAACUAAUCUAAAAGAAAUGUUUACUAACUAGAAGGGAGAAUAUCACACCAUUCUUGGAAUUUACAUUAUUGACCGUUUGUUCAACCCAGACUGAUGCUGCGCACCCUAAGAAGCUUCACUGUGGAUACCUGUUUAAGAGAGGCCACCUUUUACGGCAGUGGAAGUCCAGAUGGUUUGUUCUGGACACUCAGAGAAAUCAGGUAUUUUUCGUUUCCUUCAUUCGACCAUUUGUCAUUAAUUAUUGAGAGCUAUCGAAUAGUAGCAUGUUUAAAAGUUGCUCUAGAUCUAAAUUGAGUUGACUUGACUGAGCAAAAUGCGAUUAAAUAGAGAUGAUAUUUGUUUUGUCUCGAGCUUGGGACAAAAAAAAAAUCCUUGCAGCAGAGAACCCGAAUGAUGAGCUAGGUCACUAUUGGGUUCGUCUGUACUUUGCAGGGAUCAGCAAUGUUGAAAGCUUCGUGUGAGUAAGAAAGAUUGUAAAUUUUGAGCACCAGAGCGUGAAAUCCCAAGGUCUGGAGUUAAAUUUUCAAGAAGAUCAAUGCAAGAUCAAUGACAUCUCUCAUCAGAUAACUGUUCUAUUGUCACUCUUAGCUUCGGUACUAUGAUGAAGAACACGACGACCAUUUACAAGGCUUCGUCGACCUCGGGGAAAUGAUAGCAGUGCAGUGUCUUAGCAACAUACCUCCAGGUAAGAGGGGAUGUAUUAUUAACCGUUUCAUACACAGUCGCCUUCUUUUUGCUGAACAGCCGAACCAAAGCCCUAACCUACAAUACUUUGCUCACAUUUAGGUUCCUUUCUGCGCUCAGCAUCGAAUUCGCGUUUUCGCGCAUUUGACACUGGCUACAGGGGUUUCUGCGCUUGACACUGGCCCGAAUAAGGUUUUUCCCGCGCUUAACACAUGGUUUACGUUUUCGCGCGUGUGACACUGGCUACAGAAUUACAAGGCUACGUAGGCUCGUCACGCUCGACACUUUUACACCGGUUCCACGUUCUCGCUCUUUAGUUGGGGUUAAAAAUCUCUCCACUUGAGUCCAAUCAAAAUUCUACCAGUCCCUUAUACAAGGCACACGCGCUUAUCACGAUUUUGCCGUCUUAUUAAGUCCAGAGAGCUCGUUCCACUCUUAAAAGUGUUUAUUAGCAUGUGCCAAACGUUUUUCCGCGUGCGUUUCAGAGCUGCGUGUGUUCCUAAUCUCAGAAAAUUAAACAAGUUUCUUUUCUUUUGGCGAGCUUUGUUAUAUUCUUGUUUAUUACAUUUCUGACUAAUAGAUCUUUUGCGUUUGCGCUAUUGACAGUGGUUUCUUUUUGGGUUGCUUAAUAAUUAUUCUGAAUGUCGUGACACUCAAACGGGAAAACUGGUAUAUUUUUGAGCUGGGCACUAACUCUUUAUGUUAAUGUUUGUCCAUUUGUUUUAGGUGCACCUAAAGGUUCGAUAAAAGGAGCCUUUUUUGAUGUGAGUUGACAGUUUAAAUUACACAUUGACUAAAGAUAUGAACAUGUGUAAGAUUCAGUAAAGUAGGUAGCGAAGGGAAAUUUGUUAUUGCUAGGAUAUAGUUACAGUUACGUUGUUUAGGUUCAAGAUUCUUUUUCUUGACAAUAGUCAUAAAGUAAUGGGAAAAGUUUGCUAUGAGAAAGAGAAAAAAUUUGUUCACGGUCUGGGAGUUACACCUCAGUGCAAGGCAUUGAUCUUCUGUCCAGGAGAAGAGGAGGGAAGGGCAGCUUUUGUGUCUUGUUGGUUGUACGUUCUAGAAAGAUUUAAGCUUCAUUUAUUGAAAACACGACCGGCGAAGUGUGCCACUGUCUUCGCUUUCCUCUCUUGAAACCUUAAAAAGAUCCAACAGAAAAACUAUCAGAAUCUUCCAAUUUUAAAACAGAUGCAAAUAGGGUGACAUCAUUAUACACAGCGAAUUUACAGCAGGUAGUCGUUUGCUGUUCGCCCAAACCUGACACGGAUGAUCAUCUCAAACUUACAGAAUUUGUCUUGAUUUUGUCACAGUUGCGGACGACGAAGAGAGUGUACAACUUGAUGUGUAACUCCUCUGAAGAGGCAAAGGUUUGGGUAGAAAAGCUUCAGAGCAUGAAUGUGUAAAGAUCUUUCUGUUCUCGACGCUGUGCAAACGGUUUCUUCAUUUCAUCUUCGGCGGAGGAAUCUGUUUGUCAAUAUGGCAUCGAUGAAUUGCCAAUUGUGUACUUAUAAUCUUGAAUAAUGGCUGGAGAAGCCAAGAGAGAGUGAACCACGAAACUUGGGGAAAAGUUUUUUGAAAUAAUCGUGGCUUUCGUAGUUGGAGUUUUAAAAGGUCAGAUGCCCUCCUCUCUUUAACGAGAGAUACCGAGACUUUUAACCGUUGACGUAGCCAUACUGAUUGAUCGUGGUAACUAAGCUACAACCACUCAGGUAUCACUUACUGAUGUCAUCCGCAUGGAAUUUGCGGUGGAGGCUGUUUUUCUAAACAAGCGAACUGGAGAAGCAACGACGCCCGUUUUAAUUUUUACCCCAUUUGUUGUACUUUAUACAUUCGUGAAAGACGAAAUUAAUUUUCAAUCGUCUGCAUCUUUCUUAAUUUAUGGCCAUUCGCCGUAGUUUCCUUCGUUUUAAGCAUUUGUAGCGUUUAUUUUGUGUUCACGCUCGCUGUGAUCACAAUUUACACAGAAUCAAUGUCAGUAUUUGAGCAACUGCGCCCCUACCCCUACCCCUACCCCUACCCCUACCCCUACCCCUCCCCUAACCUAUCAUUAACCUUAACUCGGUAACAGUUGACUGUUGAUGUGUUUGGGGGGAGGGGUAGGUGCGCUGUUGCUUAGAUACUGACUUUGAUCCGAAAUUGUUUUAUCCAGAUUACUCUGAAGAUGUACAGUUUUGUUUCUAAUUAUUACCAGUGUUUUACGUAACUGCUGUGAAUGGCGUUUUCUUUUUAAUUUUGAUUUUGAGAGGGACUUGCAUGUGUCUGGACGAAGUUAGAUCCACUAUUGAAAUGUCGUUUUUAAAUAAGCUAUCCUGAAAGAAAAUGGAAUGCAAAUUGGAGACAGUUUAUGGCUGGAGAACCUGCGUAUUUUCCGCAGGUCUAAAAGAGAAUUUUUAGAUAUGAAGCUUUGUAGAAUGUGAAGUAUAUAAUUAAUUUUUAGUACUGUAAAAUACUUAACCCUUUAACUUCCAAGAUCAGAUUGUUGAUUCUCCCCUCUAGCUGCUACACAUUUAUUUGUAAAUUAGUUGCGAGAAUUUGCUGUGAGAUCAAGAUUACAACUACUUGUUAAGUUUGGGUAUUCUCAGAACCUGUUUGCUGGAUGAUGUAUGGACAUUUUAGGGAGAAGUUAAAUAUCACUUCAGGGAGUUGAAGGGUUUUACAAUUAUGAUAGGGAAGUUCAGUAUUUAUAUUAGUGCGUAUCACUUAAAAUAAGGCGGAUGCAAAGUUUGCUACAAGUUUUUUUUUUAAUUUUUUAGCUGCAUGGUUGCAUGUUUUGUGAAGACUAAGGACAAACUCGUUAAGCGGAAAUAAGAGUCUGCUCUUUAGGUCUGUGGAUAGAACUAAAGGACUCUGAAUAAUUCUUUUGAACAUUGGGAUGGAGUUGAAAAAUUUCAUGCAUUCUAUGUAUGAAUGGAACUUUGUGACAAGGAAGCGACUACUAGGCCGUUUUGCGUGUAAAUUGUUUCCAAAAUGUCGAAUUUCGCCGUCUGUUUUCGCGUUUGGUCCCACGAAAACCUCAUUUUUUUCAUCUUAACGUAGUAAUAUAAUUUACUAAAAAGCUUAAAUUUUAUUUAAGUAUUGAUUAGAAACUUAAGUCUGCCAUUACCAGCGUCAUUCAAUGACAUGCAAUCUGUGGAAUUGUGGCACAGAUUGCGGGUCUAGCUGCUGUCAAUCAUUCUUAGGAAACAAGAAGGGUAUUUUAAGGGUUUCAUAAAAAGCCGCCUCGCGGUUUUUGUUACUUAGUAAGUUCCACAUGUACCUUCCUUGUCAAUCUUUGUCAUCCAUGUAUUUUCUUGGCUAAAUAUUGCUUUGUUCGUUUCGCAGUGUUGCUUAACUAAUACUUUGUAGGUUGAAUUAAUUUGAAGGAAGCGUAAUAACCUCGUUUCCAGGGUCCUCUCUCUUCCUCCUGUAACAUAUUGUGCCUUAAUUGUGUCUUGUAAAUUUCUAGCUAUUAUGAUAAUGAUUGACAGUAGCAUAAGAAUAUUGUGGAUUUGAUCCCAAUCAAUAACGUUUCUAAUCAGAAAUAAAGCGUUUUCUUUUGAACUGUUAAGAUUAUGUGUGGAGUCCUAUACCGUAAGCCCUUUACGUUCAUGAAAUUUUAUAGGAUAAUGUCAUCAAUUCUGACAAGUGGAGAACUUUUUAGAUUACAUUUCUCUUUGCACUAGGACGAUAUUAAACUGUGCGAGCAGCUUUUGAUUGCAUUGCUGUAGUUGAUGGAUGUUCCGUGUUAGAAGAAUAGUAAAUUACACGGCAACUGU